AUGAACUUCCUAUGGACUACUAUUUUGUUGUCCUCCCUUACAGUCAUACUAUGGCUUCUUACUAAGUUGUAUACUGCCCGAACUUUCUUUACCAAGCUUUCAGCUCAGGGCUUACCAAUGCCACCCCACCAUCUUCUCGCUGGUCAUCUCAUCGAGCUUUCCAAAGCUAUGAAAGGUUUCCCGACAGAUGCCCUCAAAGUAUACUUCUUCGCUGCCCUUGCCCGCCGAUAUUCCCGCAAUGGCGCAUUCUAUCUUGACCUCUACCCAUUCGCUGCCCCCUUUCUCGUCAUCACUUCUCCAUUUCUCGCAAAUCAAGCUGUACGAACUUCUCCAAUAGCAUGUCGUAAGCCUGACGCUUUAAGAACGUGGUUUUGGAGCAUCACGGGUGGAAUCAGUAUGUUUGAUGCGGAAUACCACGAGUGGAAGGAACUGAGAGAUUUGUUCGCUCGGGGAUUCAGUUACAAGUAUUUGAUGAAGUUGGUGCCAGGAAUAGUGGAUGAGGUGGAAAUCUAUGCGUCGGGAUUGAGAGAGAAAGCGAGAAAUGGAGAUAUUGUUCAGUUGGAUGGGAUCAAUCUGAGAUUUAUGAUGGACUUGAUUGAGAAUACUGCUUUGAACGCAAAGCUAAACGCACAAAAAGGAUACAAUCCUCUUGCGGACGCUAUGUUGAACCAAAUCAAAAGCAAACUUGCAAAUCAAGAAGUAAAUAUUGGGCAAUGGUUCAAUUUUGUACGUCCCAUUAAAGAGUGGCACAACGGCCGAAAAAUGGAUGCGUAUAUCAAUGAAGAGCUUGAUAAGCGCUUUGAGAUUUACAAGUUAUCCAAGCAUUCCGGUUCCAAAGCAGAUGGUCAUUCGGACGAGAAAUCAGAAACCUUCCAAUCAAUUAUUGAUUUGGUCAUCGAAGAUUACAUGGGCGAUUCUUCUCGGCGCAAUGCAACCAGUCUCGACCAAAAGUUUCGCACCAUAGCCACGCGCAAUAUUCGACUCCUCCUCUUCGCCGGCCAUGAUUCAACUGGUAGUGCCAUAUCCUGGUGCUACUAUCUCCUCUCCAAAAAUCCCUCUGCUCUUGACAAACUCAUUCAAGAACACGAUUCAGUAUUCGGAACCGAUAUCAAGGCUAUCUCAGAACUCAUCAAAACAGAUUCAACUCUCCUAAAACAAUUACCAUACACAACAGCUGUGAUCAAAGAAACUCUUCGUCUCUUCCCACCCGCGUCAAGUAUUAGACAGGGGAUGAAAGAUGUAGAUUUGGUUGAUGAAGAGGGAAAUAGAUAUCCGACGGAAAACUGCAUGGUGUAUAUGCUUCAUUUGGCUAUUCAACAUGAUCCGAAAUACUGGCCUCGUCCCAAAGAAUUCUUACCCGAAAGAUGGCUUGCGCAACCAGGAGAUGAAUUAUAUUGUGAUGUACCAGUAAAUGGGGCGUGGAGACCGUUUGAGCAGGGACCAAGAAGUUGUAUUGGACAUACUUUGGUGAUGUUGGAGUUGAAGAUUAUACUGGCGAUAGUGGUGAGGGAGUUGGAUGUACAGGAUGCGUAUGUGGAGUGGGAUGAGAAACUCGGGGAUAAGAAGGGAGUGAAGGAAGUGGAUGGAGAGAGAGCAUAUCAGGUUGAUGGAGGGGCUGCUCAUCCGGCAGAUGGGUUUCCUUGUAGGGUGACUUUCAGAGAGGAAAAUGUACCUGCCUAG